GGUGGCCGGGGGGGCAUGCCCCCUCCCUUCAAGAUCGCCGUGCUGGGGGCGCAGGGGGUCGGCAAGACGGCGGUGGUGCGACGCUUCCUGCACGAUGACUACAGUGAGACCGGCGCGCCCAGCCACACCCGCCAGGUGCACGUGUCCGCCGCUGUGCUCAACGGGCACGUGCAUGACCUCCAGAUCACCGACUACCCCGCCAUCCCCAGCUUCCCUGGAAGCUCGCUGCAGGAGUGGGCCGAUUCCUGUUGCAGAGGCAUCCGGAGUGCCCACGUCUACAUCCUCGUUUACGACAUCUGCUGCUUCGACAGCUUCGAGUAUGUCAAGACCAUGCGGCAGCAGAUACUGGAGACCAGGCUGCUGGGCACGGCGGAGACCCCCAUCCUGAUCGUGGGCAACAAGCGGGACCUGCAGCGCGGCCGCGUCAUCCCCCGGCACAACGUGUCCGACCUGGUGCGGAAGAGCUGGAAGUGCGGCUAUGUGGAGUGCUCGGCCAAGUUCAACUGGCACAUCCUGCUGCUGUUCAGCGAGGCCGUACGUAGCGUCGGCUGCGCCCGCUGUAAGCACAUCCACGCCACCAUCCGCUUCCAGAGGGCGCUAAGACGUGAACGCUGCACCCUCAUGUGAGCCCUGGGCCCUCGAUAUGAAGGAAUGACCCCAAAACUCAUUACGAGAUGCGACUAUGAUGGUCCGGGACAUCACUACGUCGCAACAGCCCCAACCGCUGAGCACCAAAAGUCCCACUCGCUUUCUGCCCUGUCUCUGUGCUGCGAAACUUUACGACAACAAAGGAAGCACAAAGGCUCAUUCUCGGCAGACUCCAAGACGUGCUCGGCACCUGCCAUGCCAGUGCAGUUAGCUAAAUCCGCAAUAUCAACUCCAGAAGAAGAUUUGGUAUUCACUGUUACUUUGAGGAUGUGUCCUUUGCAUAUCCUUGACCAGGGUCUCCUGGGAAACAACUAGGUGUUCUCUGUCUUCUAGCUUUUUGUGACACCGCUUCCUCUUCAAAGAGUUGAAUAAAGUUGCAGAGAUGCUUAUUUUCUGAAUAAGACGCAGACUAAAAUCACAGUUCCGUUUGGCUCUACAAGAGGUCCUACAACCUGCAGGGAAAAGUUUGGGGGUUGGUGGCAGGAUUGGUACUCCAGCCUCUGUAAAAACUUAGCACAGCUCUGACAAAGACACUUGUGUACUCUUAGUGGGAGUAACUCUGCUGCAGCCACCAAUAGGAAGCUUGCAUGCAUCAUGAAGGGGAUGGGGGAAAGCCCUUGGGAGCCUCAUCCCCGGAGGAGUUGAAACCACCAGGGAGCCAAUGGGGCCAGGCCUGUUAGAAAUCAGACCUGGUGUGGUGCUGAGGCAUCACAGCACUUGGGUCCUAAUCUAGGGUGGUCCAUCUUGGUAGGCGAAUGGAACGUCUACUCUCUUCAGCAUGAUGACCAUCUUCCUCUGCUGUCGGUGGAGCUUCAUAAACUCCACAUAACGGUGGUGGCACUCAGUGAGGUAUGCAGACCAGGAAGUGGUGAGAUUGCUGUAGGUGGGUACACCUAUUAUUGCUCUGGUUGCCUUGAUGACUGCCGUACCCCAGGAGGUGCUGAUGCUGUGGCGGAUUGACUCCUCCCAUUGGUGUCUGAUGUCACUCUUUUCAACAACCGUAUUAUGAGGAUUGUGUCGGUGCCCACGGGUCUGAUUGUGUUGAAAGUGGCUCCAUGUUCUUUGACUUUGCAAAAAGUCAGCAGCUGUAGGUCGCUGGAUUGUGGUUCCAGUGCCCUGAGCCACAUGUUAUCCACAAACAGGAUCUGUGAUCACUUGUUCGACUACCAGCAACCGGUUUAGUCUGGUUUUACGCCUAAGAAGUCAACCAUCGACUGCAUCAUUGACACUGAGGAUUCUCAUUGAGUGCAAACAUGAAUAUUGGCAGAGUUUCUUUGCAGCCUUUGUUGAUUUCUGUAAAGAGUUUGACUCAGUUGAGCAGGCUGCCCUGUGGGACAUCCUGAGGGAUCCCCCUGAAGUUGCUGAAUGUCGUGGCCGGCCUGUACACUGGUACUGUGAGUGCUGUGCAGAGUGGAGGCAGAACCUCUGCAUUCUUCCCAGUUGAUUCUGGGGUUUGUCAGGGGUGUGUUCUUGCUCCUAUUCUGUUUAAUGCUUGCAUGGGCUGGAUGUUGGACAGGGUCGUGGGGCAGCUGUGGGGCAUCUGUUGGUGAAGAAAGAUUCACUGAUCUUGACUUUGCCAACGAAAAGUCGCACUGGCUAAGGGUGUCUGCCAAAUGCAGUUAAUGUAAAUGCAAUGCUGUGAUCUUCGCAUAGUCAAUGGGGGCUCCGAUCGGGGCACUCGAGAUACUGCGCGAAGAGUCUAAGACUCCGGGCUUGUGAGUGGCCUCGAUAAAAACCGAGGUAUAGGCCUUCAGUGACCUGUUGGGCAUAGUCAUCAGCAGUGUGUCUGUCUGCAGAGAGAAUGUCAACCACGCCAAGAGGUUCACUUACCUUGGUGGUGACAUUCAUGUCUCUUACUAUGAAGUCAAUAGAGGAACUGGGAGAGCUUGGGGAUCAUGAGGUCGCUGGAAAAGGGUGGCACUCCAGAUAUCUUUGUAAGAAGACAAAAGUCCAAGUCUUUCGAGUCCUGGUGCUCCCUGUCUUGCUGUAUGGCUGCGAGACAUGGAUGCUAUCCAGCAACCUGAAAUGAAGACUGUAAGACUUGGUACUCUGUCUCUUCGGAGAAUCCUUGGGUACCGCUGGUUUGACUUUGUGUGUGCGCCCCAAGAGGUCGCUCAGGUAGUUCGGAAUGAGGCACAUUACCUGCAUUGUGAGGGAGUGCUAUGGCACUACGGCCGUGUUUCGGCCUGGAGGGUCGCCAACCAGGAUUCUGAGGUGUUUCAUUGUGUGGUGGGUGCGGCAACGUGCUGUAACCACUGCAUGCUUCCCAAACUUGACCUUACCUGACGAAGUCACACCCAUCCCGCAAACAUCAGACCUCAGUCUCAUUCACCCCUGUGUAUUCUGUGCCAGUAGCUGUGUUGUCCGGUUAUCGGCGGACGUCAGAAGAUUCAUUAAUAACUUUCAACGAGGCACAACAAGAAGAAGUCAGUAGAAUUACUUUCUUAUAUUGUUCCCUCAGAAACUUUAUCCGUUAAUUGUAACUCGGUUUGACAUUUUUCAUCCUCAUGUUAGAUUGGUCACUUCAGCCAAGGCCAAUACGUCUUUAAAGAAAGAGUCAGAGAAGAUGUUUCUGGAUAUCUUAUUCAGCUUCGGUCCAUUUUAUUUUGACUUUUUGCAUAACUGAGCUUCCUAUGAGAGAUGAGUAUUUUAUUCCAUUAUUACAUGGCUGAACAUAAUAUGUGUUUUGAUUUUGGUUAUCUGUCCUCCUCACCUAAAUUAAAAAAAAUCCUCCUUCGGAGAUUUUUUGGAACUUUUUCAAGAUCCCUGGUAACACUUGAGGGAGCAUAGGUAAAUGUUAAAUGUUUGUACUCACCCUGCAUCUAAAUUACUCACUGCAGGAAGUGGGCAACCCUUUUACUUAAUGUUAAUUAAUUAACCAGUAACUAAUUGUUAGUUAUGCACUGAUCCCAUGUUCGUUUACCAUUAAUCAAUCAUACUGGGUCCUGAAUUUCACGCAGUUACUAUAUUUGUUCAUGAUUUGUACUUCAGUAGCAACUGAGUGACUAAGUUACUUGUGCCACCUCAAGUAUAGUGUUACCAGACCAGCAUUAUCAUUCUGCGUGUUUGUGAAACAUUUCCUUUGGUGUGGACUGUUUGCUUCUUGAGUUGUUGGAUGAUUAACAUCUAAUGGAAGAUGUGUAUGUUAAAAUAAAAAAAAAGAGUUUAUCCUUCAGUGUGGGGGGCGGGGGGGGGGCUUUUAAAUUAAUUGGCCUUCAUUUCAGGUCCUGAAUUUGGUGGGUGAGGUUCUUGGGAUCUCACUGUAAUGUGGCACAAUCCCUCCUCGCAUACACAAAAUGGUCCAGCAGUUUCCACAAUGUCAGCUUGAUACUCUUUCACGUUCAUUCAUAUAUUGAUGCAUGUUAGGACCUAAGAAGGAUCCUUCUAUUUUCAUGUUUCUGUUCCUGAAAUAAAACACAAAGCAAAGCAAAUUACUAGGCCUUAUAUCUGAUGUAUGAACUGAAUACAGAUUACUCACUCAGGUUAAUUUUCUGUUGCAGCUGUACUAGCAUGCCUGUUUAUACUGCAGUUUCACUGUAAAUUAAACUUGGUCCACAGCUGGC